AUGCUCUCCUCCUUUGUCCUCCCGGCGCUCGCCCUCAUGGGCACCGCUGAUGCAAGACCACACUCGCCACCACGAGGGCCCCCUCCCGCCUUCUUUCUCGCCGGUGACUCGACGACCGCUCCGGCCGGCGGAUGGGGCGACGCCUUCGUCGCCAGCCUCACAAAAGGCUCGACUGGGAUCAACUUCGGUCACAGCGGCGCGACCACAUCAUCCUUCCGAGCAGGCGGCGACUGGGACGAGGUCCUCACCGCCGUAAAGAACCACACCAAGACCCACCGUCCGUUUGUGACCAUCCAGUUCGGACACAAUGACCAAAAGACCGAGGAGGGAUUGGCCGUCUUCCUGGACAACCUCGUUCAGUUCGACGAGGAGGUACGCGCUGCCGGCGGCGAGCCGAUCUUCUUAACCUCACUCGAGCGUCGACGGUUUGCUAGUGAUGGGACCAUAACACAUACUCUGGAUAAUGUCGUCGCGUUGACUAUUGAGGCGGCGGAAGAGACGGGAGCCCGGUGGGCGGAUCUGAAUGCCGCUUCGAGGGCGUAUCUCGAAGCGAUUGGGCCUGAGAAUUCCGCUACGUAUAACCUCGACGAAACGGAUCGUACUCAUCUGAAUGAUGCGGGAGGCGUUGUGUUUGCCGGUUUGGUUGGGCUGUUACUCGAGGGCCUUGAGCCGCGAUUUGCGAAGUACAUUGGUACUGAUCCAGAGUUGGAGGCCGCGCUGAAGGCAGGCGAGUACUUCUACCCGGAAUGA